CAGGAGCAGAAACCUUCGUUUCACAAUCUCACUGCUCGUGUUCAGUCUACCUCGGAUGUUUUUUUUAGACAUUAUGGCUAAUAAUCUAAAUCAUUGGUGAUGGAACGUAAUGGGGAUUUUUUUUACUUCCGGAGCUAUGCAACCAACCACCCGGAACUACAUUGCUGUAACAGACCGGAAGGUUGAUGUAACGGACGCGAUAUAGAAACGGAAGCCCCAGAAGAAAAAUGUCGAGUGAAAAAUGUUAAACGGGGGUUUAUUUAGUCGACGGUUGACCCCCGGCGUUGUUAUAGACAACCUCUCCGUUUAUCUACGUUAGGGACGGAACUUAACACGCACGUUGUGCCGUGAAUUAUUUUGUCUCGAGACUCAUUUAAAGCUGCUUUUGGAUGGGAACAUUACAAGCCAGGUCCAACUGGUUUCAUGAUGUUUCCCGCUACGAAAAACAUGGAUUCUAUUCACAGUGGGACCGGUGUCUUCUACCAGGCCAUACCUGCUGUCGGAGCCGACGGAAAGAACAUCAUGAAACUGAUUCCUGUACAAAUGGUCAACGGGCAGUUUUUCCAGUCUCCAAUAAGCAAAACGGAUUCGACACAACAGAAAGCUGUCGGCGUGAACAUCGCCUCAGCACCUGUUCAGACGGUGCAAAAGGCAGCGUUGAAUCCUUCUGCCACUCAGCAAGAUGUCAGGAAGCAGGUUUCCAUCAUUAAUGUCUUCCCUAAUCAAGUGGGUUUGGAUCGCAGUAGUUCACUAAACAAGCAUCCACUGCAGCAACAGAGGGUGAAUUUAAUAGCCAUACCUCAGAUGGAGACACCUGCAGCAAACAGUGCGAAGUCAGGAAGACCUCCAGGUCCGCUCCCAGUCACCGUGAGAGCUCCAGCCAUCCCCAGAGGACGGUACCUUCAGAUUACCCCUAAUGCAACAGUCCCAACAGUCCCGAGAGUACCAGCAGUCCCGACAGUCCCAGCAGUCCCAACAGUCCCAACAGUCCCAACAGUCCCGAGAUCCCCAGCAGUCCAAACAGUCCCAACAGUCCCGAGAUCCCCAGCAGUCCCUACAGUCCCAGCAUCUGAACUACCUCCUCGUGUCAAGAGACCGAUUUUUCCUUCGCCAGCCAACUCCACUCCAAGUUCAGGCUCAGCCGGUGUCGUCGACACGUCACCAGCUGUCACAACUGUCAGUGUUUCUGCACUCGACACGCUCAAGUUUCUCUGCAACAUGUCAAAUGCUACUUCAUGUGGAUCGCCAUCAAAAGGACCACAACCACAUUUAAAAUUAAUUCCAAAGGUUUCACAGAGGCCCAACAGCCCCAUUAAGUGGGUAAUCGAAGAAGAGGACAGCUUCGCGGCUCCGACUCUUGAUCCUGCUAAUUUUUCCGUCAGUUCAGAGAUUCUUCGAGCCUUCGCAGAGAGAGAAAGUGCUCCCAAGCACUGCGACGCUUUUACAAAUCCGGUCUCCGGGUCGAGUCUGGGCAAAAGUGGACAAGGACAGGAAAGCCCCUCGGUCACCUGCAACAGGAAGGUGGUUUUGGCGGCCAAAAACGGCAGCGUACCAUAUAAAAUGGGAAAAAGCGACUCACCCGCAGCAGCGGGAAAAAGUCAUGAAUACAACAAAACCACCGUGCCUUCAUCCCAACAUUCACUUGGAUCAGUUUCACCUCCGAAAAGGCAGGGCAUCAGAAUAAUCAUCCCAAAAGGGUCGCACGAAGUGAUUGAUCUCUGUGACGACGACGCUCACAUUGAUUCGUCCCCACCAGCGGCAUCCGUCCACAUGUCAGCGGCCACUCGUCCGGACGAAGACAAUGUAAUAUUUGUGUCGUAUAUCCCCCCCAAGACUGACUCGGAGUCCACACAAGAUUUGAGACUAAAAACACAAAUGGCACCUGGGAAGGAAACGGACAAGACGGGUACAAGCAGCUCGAACAAUGUGACAGAACAGAAGAGCCCGGAUUGUACAACGGGCACUCUCACAAGAAGAAAACCUGUCCACAGCAUGUCCGUCAACGCAGCUAAAAACGUUCCGCGUGUUUUCGGUUCAGCAGCGAUGAACAUGCAGAAUAAUGAGGGUCCGAACAUCAGCAGUCGGCGGAGCACCGCCACCCAACAGUCGAAGGGCGUGGAAGUUGAUGUAGAAAGACAAAGUCCAGCAGAUCGUGUAAAUAUUGCCUCAGCAGCUGUUCAGAUGGUGAACAAGGCAGCGUUGAGUCCUUCUGCCACUCAGCAAGUUGUCCGGAAGCAGGUUUCCCUCAUGAAUGUCUUCCCUAAUCAAGGGUGUUUGGAUCUUCCACUGCAGCAACAGAACGUGAAUGUAAUAGCCGUUGUACCUCAGAUGGAAACACCUGCAGCAAACAGUGCGAAGUCAGGGAGACCUCCAGGUCCGCUCCCAGUCACCGUGAAAGCUCCAGUCAUCCCCAGAGGGCAGUACCUUCAGAUUACCCCUAAUGCAACAGUCCCAACAGUCCAGAGAGUCCCAACAGUCCCGACAGUACCGAGAGUCCCAGCAGUCCCGACAGUCCAAACAGUCCCAGUAGUCCCGACAGUACCGAGAGUCUCAGCAGUCCCGACAGUCCAAACAGUCCCAGUAGUCCCGACAGUACCGAGAGUCCCAGCAGUCCAAACAGUCCCAGUAGUCCCGACAGUACCGAGAGUCCAAGCAGUCCCGACAGUCCCAACAGUCCCAGUAGUCCCGACAGUACCGAGAGUCUCAGCAGUCCCGACAGUCCAAACAGUCCCAGUAGUCCCGACAGUACCGAGAGUCCAAGCAGUCCCGACAGUCCCAACAGUCCCAACAGUCCCAGCAUCUGAACUACCUCAUGUCAAGAGACCGCUUCUUCCUUCGCCAGCCAACUCCUCUCCGAGUUCAGGCUCAGCCGGUGUGGUCUACACGUCACCAGCUGUCACAACUGUCAGUCCACAAAAUGUUUCUGCACUCGACCCGCUCAAGUUUCUCUGCGACACGUCGAAUGCUACUUCAUGCGGAUCGCCAUCAAAAGGACCAAAACCACAUUUAAAAUUAAUUCCAAAGGCUUCACAAAGGCCCAACAGCCCCAUUAAGUGGGUAGUUGAAGAAGAGGACAGCUUCACGGCUCCGGCUCUUGAUCCUGCUAAUUCUUCCGUCAGUUCAGAGAUUCUUCGAGUUGUUGCAGAGAGAGAAAGUGCUGCCAAGCACUGCGACGCCCAUACAAAUCCGGUCUCCGGGACAGAACAGAAGAGCCUGGAUGGAACAACGGACGCUGGCCGGAGUGUGUCCGUCAACACAGUGAAAAACUUUACGCGUGUUUGUGGCUCAGCAGCGAUGAACAUGCAGAAUAAUGACGGUCCGAACUUUAGCAGUCAGCGGAGCACCGUCACCCAACAGUCGGAGAGCAUGGAAGUUGAUGUAGAAACAAAGAGUCCAGCAAAUCCCAGCAACUCUGACAGCAGCAAAAUAGCGAUUGACACCCACAAAAUGAAGAGCUCCGUGAAUCCCGCAACCAGCUGGACGUCUUCGCCGGCACCAGAAUCCCGUCGACUGGCCGACAAUCUCCUGAGACAGACAUUUGGGAUAACGGCCAAUGUGAAAGUUUGCCUGCAGAGGAUUGACGGUUCCUCAGUCGGGUCUCGUCCCGCAGGGUCGACAGGGGAAGAACUUUCUUUAAAGGACCUUAACCGUCCCCAAGAAAGCGACAGCUGCAGCGGCGUGAAAGCAGAAGGCUCUGCCGCUCCGAGCGCUCGCACAGACCUCGAACCUCUCAGAUGUUCACACUUCCAGCCGAACACGAAACCUCUCUCUGUGUUGAAGAGCAAACGCCACGCGGGUGACACUCCACUCAAGGGAACGUCGUGCGAUGUCGAAACGGAGCCGGCGUUUGGCUACGUGGAACCCAUAGAUGAGGAUUUCCUCAGCGCGGAUGAAAACGACAUCCCAAACGCGCAGGACGCAGCCGGCCGGCCGCAGACUCAGACGUGUGCGGAUCUGAACGCGAACACGAGGAGAAUGGGAAGAACCAGGAAGCGCACGAUGUGUCCGUGCUGCAUCCCCGGUGCCCAAGACCCAAAGUCAGAGGAGCCAGAGGACUGGGCGUGGGCCACCGAGCAGACAAGUAAAAAAGGGAGGAGAACAAAGGCUGUGAGGAAAGCUGUAAAAACAUCUGGAAGGACCUACUGUCUAAGCGCCAGGAACAAGCGCGGCGGUAAGGCCCCCGAGGUUCCAGCCAGCGAGAGCUUGUCCGCGGCGUCCGUGGACUCUGACGAAGUGAAACGACAGGAACGGAUCAGGAAGCUCAAAGAGCUUCUGAAAGAGCAAGAAGCAGCUUUAGAAGUGAUGAGAAACGGCGCGAACUGAGACGAGCAGUCCGAUAUUUUAAACUCUAAUAUUCUUACAAAGUUAAUGGAUUUAUUUUUAGCAUAUAACAUAACUCUCCCCUUUCAUGUCUAAGCUGCCAAAAAAUAAUCUUAAAAAAGAAGAAAAACGAAUAUCUUCUGCUACGUUUCUCCCUCUCAUUCCCCCUGCUCUGGCGUUU